AUGCGUCCCCUAUACAAGAAACUGUUGCGUCUGGCACAGAGUUUGCCCGAACCCAAGCGCCAGAAGUCACUGGACCAGAUCCGUCGCGAGUUCCGUAUCCAUGGAAACUUGACAGACCCCAAAGAAGUCCCGUCGUUGCUCCAACGCGCGCAGUCAUCCAUUGACUUUCUGAAGAUCGUGACACCUCGUGCUGAGUCUGAUGCGGGUGUCCAGCGCUUCGUUUACCGUGAUGGUAAGCGCAUUGACGCUGCCGAGUUGGAAAAGAAGGGGGAGGAGAACGCGCGGUACAAGACACAGGACAUUGAGGCGGGGAUGAAACGCCAUCACCAACUACUGCGACGUCAGCACUUUAUGGAUCGCAGGAGUGGUCCACCGCGUCCCAUAUUCUAG